CUUGUAGCUCCAGCAACAUAGCUCCAACACUCCACUACGAAUGUUUUCUUGCUUAAUUUUCCUCCUUUAUAUAGCUUCUAGCUAGUUCAUGAAGUGUUUAAGAGCAUCACUAUUAUUAAUCUCCUGUAUUAAGUCUUAAUCCAUGGCCAACCCCUCUAAGUUCUAUGAGGUCCUAAACCUUUCAGAGGACUCCUCUCCUCAAGAAAUCCGAAAAGCCUAUAAAAUUCUUGCGAAAAAAUGGCAUCCUGACAAGCACCCGGUCUCCUCCAAACGAGAGGCAGAGGCCAAAUUCAAAGCCAUCUCUCAAGCCUAUGAGGCGCUUAGCGAUCAGGAGUUUACAAAUAAAGCCAGUGUCCAUGGAAAUACGCACUUGAACUUAAAGAGGUCAUGUAGCUCAGUCUCUAAUGAUGUAAAGAGGAAGCCUAUGCCAAAAGAGAGCAAGCUUGAAUGCACACUUGAGGAGCUCUUUUGGGGUUGCAAGAAAGAAGUCAAGUUUACAAGAGAUGUCGUCACAAACGCUGGGUGGGUUCUCCAAAAGCAAGAAUGUCAUACAAUAACAGUAAAGCCAGGAUGGAGGAAAGGAACUAAGAUAAUAUUCGACUCGAUGGGAGACGAAAUGCCCGGGUUUCUCCCUGCUGACAUUGUAUUCUUAAUCUCAGAAAAAUACCACCCCUUGUUCAAGAGAAUCGGCGACAAUCUAGUACUGAAAGUAAAAGUUACCUUAGCAAAUGCACUCACUGGUUGGUCAUUUACCUUUAGGCUUAUCGAUGGAGAAAAGAUAAGCUGUUAUUUUCAUAAUGAAAUUAUAUUUCCCGGAUAUGAGAAGGUGAUUAAAGGCAAAGGCAUGCCGAUAGCUAAUAAGCAUGGAGCGAGGGGAGAUUUGAUAAUUAAGUUUCAUGUUGUUUUUCCUCGAGAGUUGAGUGGAGAACAGAGGAAGUGUGUGGUUGAGCUUCUUAAAGAGAGCAAUUGAAUGUACUUAUCAGAAUCUUGUAUA